AUGAUACCAACACUUCUGCCCCAUGAGAUCUUGCACUCCGUGGCUGCUGCAGGUAGUGAACAGGUGAUGGACAUCAAAUUCCCUUGCGUUAUUCUUGGCUACGAGUCCAUGAAGAGCAAUGUGAGGAGGGAGGUGCAUCGAAGAGUAUGUGAGCUGUUGGCUUGGUCAAUGUCCUAUGCCACUGCUGGGGUGUUUCCCAUGACCGGCUUUCGCAAUGAAGAGUUUGACCCGAAAUCCUUUCGAUAUGUGAUGAGAGGGCAGCCAUUGGCACAGGGUUGGAGGCACUACGGAUGCAAUCUGAUUUGCGAACAAUGCAUGGCAGCAAAGGUCAGCAAAAACACCGACCCACGCAUGACUUACAAGGACUUUAGGAACACAGACUUCAAGGCGGAGCUCUAUGCAUCUGGGCUUUGGGGGAGGAGUCGCCAAAUAGUUUGCGUCCAUGGCUUGCGCUACGCAGUUCAGCGGCCCUAA